CUCGCGCUUGUUGUCAUUGCAGCUGCGGCUAUUCGGGGGCGCCCGUGGUUAGUAACCAACGACGAGGCCGUUCCUGCCUGCCUGCCUGCCUUGCAACCGAGGUCUUGGCGCCUUAGCUCUCCUCGAGCGCCCAGCCUCGCUUCGUUAUGUCCGGUCGAGGUAAAUCCGGAGGUAAAGCCCGAGCCAAAGCCAAGUCUCGCUCCUCUCGAGCCGGCCUCCAGUUCCCCGUCGGGCGAGUGCAUCGGCUGCUGCGGAAGGGCAACUACGCGGAGCGUGUGGGCGCCGGAGCGCCUGUUUAUUUAGCGGCCGUGCUCGAGUAUCUCUCGGCGGAGAUCCUGGAACUGGCCGGCAACGCUGCGCGGGACAACAAAAAGACCAGGAUCAUCCCCCGGCACCUGCAGCUGGCCAUUCGCAACGACGAGGAGCUCAACAAGCUGCUGGGCGGGGUGACGAUCGCCCAGGGUGGGGUUCUGCCCAACAUCCAGGCCGUGCUGCUACCCAAGAAGACCCAGAGCUCCAAGAAAUGAAGCCGGUUGCCUGGCUAAAGGAAAGCGCUCGCCCGUUUCAUUUCCUUGCGCCCCACCCACAGGAUCUGGUGCAGCGGCCACCGGGCAUUUUCCCCUUCCUUCCUUCCGCGUCACUUGGUGCAGCUCAAUACCGGGCAGAUGAUUUCUUUACCGCAUCGUCUGUCCUGGUGCAGCCGGCGCUGAGCUGUCUCCGCUCGCCCUUUUCUUGCUAAUCUCAUCCUGGCCCUCUUUGCCUUCCUCCCUCCCUCUCUCCCCGCCCCACGUCUCGGUGCUGCUGGUGCUACGACCGCUAGUAUCCUCGUGCGCUUCCUCGCCCAGGUCCAGCGCUCAGUUCUCCCCUGCUCCUUUUCAAUCCCGGAGACUUGAACGUGGGAAAGAGCGGUCGUCAUUUUUUCGUGUCCCCGAAAAGGGCACGUGCUUUGGGCCUGGCUGCCAUCUAGCGCUCUGCAAAUAGAUUUUUUCCCCCUCCGCCCCUUUUCUCUGGGACGAUUGAGCCUAACAUCCCAGUGGUUUCCACCCCUUUAUUUUGCUCCCUUAAAUCGCUUUGAUUCUUCUGGAGAAGAGGAGUGGGGGGAGGGGGGAGAAGGAUUAGGUAUUUUUUUGACACUACAGUGGUCUUCGAUCCUUGGAAAACUGGGGGGGGAAGGGAGUCAUGAAGAUGGGAAAGUCAUGAAAGCAGCACAGGCCAACAUUGGGAAGGCAAGGAACUGCUUAGAUGGUAGGCCUCACUAUGUGACAAUGCUGAUUUUAUAUCUCCUCUGAGAGUAUACAGAAGGAAGGAAGGAUUGGCCAUUGCAUUGCACCAACACUCAACCUAAUCUCUUAAAACUCUGCUGGUCCCAGUGAUGGUGAUGGAUCGAUCUCUCUAAUGUUGUUGCACAUCCCCAUUAAAUGUGAUCAUGAAUUUAUGAAUUGAAAAUGUUGGAGGAAAGGAAGCUGUCCGGAACUUCUAAAUGUGAAAAUAACUUUUUUUUCUGAGAAAGGAAUAGCUUCACAUGUUAAUGUUUCCCUUGUGUUUGCUUUAUGAUGAACUAUUGUGUAGUUGUACCAGCACUCCAUUCCUGUUUCUUUGUUGAGUUUUGGUUUGUGUGUUGCAACAAAAUCUUAAUGAGUAAAUAAUCUUGACUGAGAGGCAAAAGACUUUCUAUGAAUUCCUAGGAUAUGUACACAUCUUUUCUUUAUAGACUUCCCAUCAAGCAGCUCUUGUAACACCUAAUAUGUUCCAGAGGCAAAAGUGGAAUAGGAGUGCCACCCCAUAGGGAAGAUUUUUCUCUUUCAAAUAAGAGAGGAAAGAAUGGGAAAGGAGAUGCUGUUUAUCUCUAAAUUUGAUGUGAUAUAUUCAGAUCUGAAUGUGCUUAACAGUUCCAGCUUCCAGUUUAUCUGGAAACUCAUCCUAAGCAAGAAUCUUUGCAUUUAGGUCUAUUUUUGUCCAUUUGAUGUCACUGCAACUAAAAUGAAAGUAUUUCAGUGUGAUUGCUUUUGUGGUUUUCAGCCUCAAUGAUAUAUGUUUAUUGUUUUCUUGAAACAGGAAGCAGUUUUGUUGUGUUUCCUCCUUCCAUUAUCAAUUCUCUUGUAAUGUCACCUGUAAUGAUUGAACUCUAGUAUUUGUAUCCUAGUUUGCACUUUAUUCUAUACACAGUGGUUUUUGGGGGUUUGGAAUUUUGCUUCUAAUGCUUAAAAUAGAGUGCAAGUAUGGCAUCCAUCUAACUGUAAUCCUCAGUAGCUUAAUGUUUGGAGGUUGGGUUUUUAGGAAAAAUAAUAAUUUAUACAAAAGUAAAAUAUCUAGUUAGUGUUGGUGGUUUGCUAAAUAGGUGUUUGGAUAACGUAUGAGCAUGGAGGUUGGCCUAGCCUGUCCUGUAAUGCCUAGUAGCUGUGGUACAGAGCCAAAACUUGCUUGCUUAGAUGAAAAGUUUAUAGAGCCAUGUGCAUGCAGCAGUCUAGGAUAUUGAGCAAGUAGAAUCUGUAAUCAUGUAUAUGGUCAGCUGUGUAUGUGCAAUUAAGUAGCAUGUGUUCAAAUCAUCAUGUGGGAUGUAAAUCUGUGGAUGAACUAUUGUCUUGCUCUGGAUUCAACUAAGGAUAUCUAGACCAGUGGAGGCUGAGAUGCUUUAAUAACAGAAUAAGGAAUAUGGUUUGUGCAGUCAGAUGCUGGUGACUAUACAGUCUCAUUAGUGAUACUUAAAAAAACAACCUUUAGCCAUCCAUGUCUGUCUUGCCUGUUACAUUACAGACCCAGGGGGAAAAAAGACCUCUUGGAUUUAAAUAGCUAUCUCAUUUUUUCUGGCACAGGGCCAGGCAGGCUCUUCCUUUCUGUGAGAAUGAACACUGAUUGCAUUAUAGAAGGGAAGGAAUCCUUGAAAUGCAAAGAAUGGCUGAGAACAAGGGUUCCGUUAUUUGUGUUUUCUGUCUUUUAAAAAUUACUUUCAAAACCAGUAUUUUGUGUUAUGUCAACUAUUGCUUUGUAUUAGAAAAUGCAAAAGUUGUGAAACUGGAAAGUGCAAAACAAAUAUUAAACUGAUUCAGUCUUGAGUACACAUCAAAAUUGUCUCUCAACAAUGUCAUUGAUUUAUCUGCUUGGAAUUCUUGUGGAAAGAGAAAUGGUUAGAAAUAUUGUUGGGAGAAAGGAAUGUCUUGUUUGGAGUGAGCCCCUUAACUUCAUUUCCUCAGCUCUUUAUCAUUUGUGUGUGGGGGGGAGGGGAAUGACAAAAGAUGCAAUCAUAAAUGCUGCCUCUUACAUAUUUGUGUGAUGUGAUACAUAUAUGAGUGUUUGCGUUAUGAUGCCAUAACAUUUUUUUUUGCAGUCAGGAACAGACCACUAUACCAACAUAUUAGCUGGAAAAUUUGUAUUCAGUUAUUUGAAAAAUCGAAGCUUAAUUAUGUGUUGGCAUGUAAAUUUUUUGUAUCACUUUAUUUAACUGCUUUAGUUUGCAAGUAGAUAAAGUAGGGUGGUUUUCUUCUCCAUAGAUGCUAUUUACACUUAGCUUUAUCUACUGCUGCAAUAUGAGACUUAAAACUGCUGAAGAGCAUCGGAUAUGGUAGAAAUUUAUUCUUACCUCUCUCUUUUGGCUUUUUCUUGCUUUAAAAAAAGCCCUUGAUUGCGUGAUUGACUUUUGAGUCCUUGAUUUACUUAUACUGGGUGUGAUGUUGAGUCUCUUAUUAUGUUUCUGUAGGUGUACAACUACUUCCAUGAUCUGUCUUCCUCUGUGUGAUAUAAUUAUCAAUGGCAUAUUCCCAAAACAAGCUAUAUUAAUAAUUUUUAUUGUAAAUCAACAAUAUUUCUCAGGAUCUUUAUAAUCAGUUAUAAUAAUGCCCUUCUACGAUUUAGAUAUAAAAGCUUAGUCUUGUUUUUACAAUUUAUCCUUAUCAGAAUAACAUUGUAGCAGCUUCCAUGCUUACAUGAACCACCUCUACUGCUGGGUCAAUGUUGAUUUUUUUCUCCACUACUGGUGUGUCCCUCCAGUUGUAGUGGUUGAAACUAUUUUGUUGUUAGAAUAAGUACUUUUCAGACGCCAAACUGGUUCUUCCCUUUGGUAAAAUAAUGGAGGAGGACUGAGUGGAGAUGAUGGGAACAGAAGGGGGGUUAAUCAUAUGUGAUUUUGUGUGCCCAUCCAAGGUACUCUAUUGUUCUUAAGUAGGGCGGCGAAUGCUUUUCUCUGCCAAUUGAAUGAAAGUAAAACUUAAGUUCUACUGUAAACAGAAUGGGUGGUGGGAAUAGGAGUGCUUUCAUCUUACUAAGUGUAAACCCUAAAGAGCAAUAGGCAACUCUUUCUUGGGUAACUUCUUUCUGACUCUUGUCUGCUGCCAUCUCCCCCCCCCCAAUACGUACCAGGGGUAUUGUGCGAAUUAUGCAAUGGUAUCAUUUGUCCCCUUUCCCCUUUGUGAUGCUUUCUAUCUUUCUCCCGAGCCCCAAAAUAACAGGACUUAAUAAUCUUUGUGCCAAUCCUGAACCCCAAGUGUUAGCUAUGUAAUGAUGUAAUUUUGAAGACAGGAAAGGUUUUAAUGAAUAAUACAAAUG